UUGUAUUAUUAAAUCAUAAAAGAUAAUGAAUUUAAUUGUUGCGCUUGGUUGUUUAUUUUUUAUUGUUACGCACAAUGUGAAUACUCAAGAAAUAUCUGAAGAUAUUUCUACAACAGUUGUAUCAUCAGAUAGCGAUUUCCCAAGUUCUCCGCCAACCAUAAUUAAUACUCCAAGGGAACCAACAACUAACAAUAAUCAGAGGUCAUUCGAAUCACUGUUAGCUCAAAAAAUCUUAGAGCAUGCUAGCAAAAAUGAUUGGACUGGAAAAGUUCACCUUCGUGUUGCUAGACCUACAUCCACACCGGACGAAAAUAAUACCUCAAAACCCAAAGCCACACCUGUAAUUGAUCAACAAUUUGUCGAUCAAUUUACAAAGAUAUUCAACCGGCAAUAUCGAAAACAGAUUGGAUCCAACAAUCAACAAAAAGUGCGUCCAUAUUCAAAAACAAUAGAAAAUCAACUAUACGAAGAACAAAUAAGAACCAAUAACGUCAAACCGACCGCUACAGGUUAUAAUUAUCCAUUAUUUAACCAACAACAAUCACAAAAAACUCAAAAAUACUAUUAUCCAACAGUAAAUGAGCAACAAUUAUUAAAAACUCGAGAAAACUAUUAUUAUCAACCAAGUAAUUUAUCAAAAACUCAACAAUUGUACUAUUACUACCCAAUAGUUGACCAAGUCUCCACACCAAAACAAUUUUAUUAUAAUUAUCCAACAGAGAAACAAACACUUGCAUCCCAACAGUUGUAUUAUUACAUUUAUCCAACCGUUGAUCAAGUUAAUAGACCACCCAGACAAUUGUAUAACAAUUAUGCAACAAUUAACCAAGCACCUAAACCUCAACAAUUGUAUAACUACUAUCCAGAGCAAACAACUUUACAACAAUUAUAUUAUUAUCCACAACAACAAUCUGCACAGCAAGUAUAUUACUAUCCACAACAGCAAUAUCCACAGCAAAUGUAUUAUUACUACCCACAAACAACUCAGCAACAACUGUAUUACUAUCCACAAACUAAUUCGCAACAAUUAUACUCACAAUUGAAUCAACAAUCAAACGUUCCAAAUUAUCCUGCUUCAAACCAGAUGUAUAUGUAUAAUAUGCCAGAAACACAUCAAUUAAAUAAUGAUCAAAUGACAAUGAGUUAUCCAGUCCAAAAUAUGAACAAGGAUCAAUUAGUUUAUUAUUUCCCAACAAAGAAUAUCGAUUUUGGUAACUCAGAUACGAACAAGUUAUACGAUGAAUCGACAAUGAUGGAAAAAACAAAAAAUUUUGAAGAUCAACAAAUACUACAACAAUUAGAUCAGCAAACAUACAUUAAUAUGCAAAAACUUAAUCAACAACAACCACAAACUCCAGCAUCUAAUCAAUUAUAUUAUUAUUAUCUAAUUUAAAUUCGAUAGAAAGUUCUUGAACAUCCUGUACCUAAUUUGCAAACUGUAUCUAUCCAUACUUCAUGUUAGUUUGAAACUUUACUUUGUGAACAAAAAAUAGAGAAAAGAAAGUAUAGUUUGUAAAAUUUUAUUUUCUAGUUUGUCUACUAUCAAUCAAUUGGAUUUAUCAACUUUUGGCAUAUUUUUUUUAAAUAGUUUUGUCUUGACAUAGUUCUGGAAAAAUGAUUUCAUACAGAAAAUGCUUGUUGGCUGUGAAUGAGAUAUGUUUGAGAAUAUCUACUUCGUUUAUUUUUAAUAAAAUGUUAAUUUUUAUAAAUAAA